GUGUCUCGGCAGUGACAGCUCCACUUUUAUAGAAGAAGAUUUUCAGCGCUGGCGCGGUGGCCAAGCUUGUUUUUGAUUCUGUGGUGUGGCUGUGUCGGUGCAAGGUGCUGUAUUUGUGAGUGAAAACAUUUGUCAGCUAUGAGUGAAUUCAGGAUUCACCAUGACGUGAGUGAGCUGCUCAACUUGCUGCAUGUCCGCGGUGGUGAUGGAGCAGAGGGCUAUAGUGACUUACUGCAGAAGCACAGGACUCCCUAUGUCACCACCACAGUCUCUGCUCACAGUGCCAAGGUUAAGCUGGCAGAAUUUUCUAAAACACCUGAAGACUUUCUGAAAAAAUAUGAAGAGCUCAAAUCAAAAAAUGUUCGCAAUCUUGACCCUCUGGUCUAUCUCCUUUCUAAGCUGUCAGAGGACAAAGAGACACUUCAGUCCCUGCAGCAGAAUGCCAAAGACAGAGCAGAGUCCUCUGCAAACACAACUUCCACCACAACCACCAGUUUCACGUUACCUCAGACCAGCACAAAGAUGUCUAUGCAGGAGCUUGAUGAGCUGCGGAAAAAACUUGGUAAUGUCACGGCCAGCGCUAAUGCUCCAAUGCCUGCUGAAGUAACACGGAAAAUGCUCAGAGACAGGCACAACAAAAAGAAUCCCACGCAGCCCAAUCCUGUUUUUCCUAACUGGGUUUAUGAUCGUCCUGCUCUGAUUGGAGAUUUCAUUACAGGCACCACCUCCACAGGAGAGCCACCUGUAGCAGUAGGAACAUUGCCUCUGGCAGUUCAAGAACAAGCCCUAGUUGAAGAUCUGCUCUUCGUGCUGAGUGGAGUUGAUGGCAGAGACAUCACUGCUCAGCCUGUCCUAGGACGACAAAACCGCUCUUUUAUUAUAGAUCCAACUCUGGACAUGUCUGUCAAAGAGCUAGUCAACAGAAUAUUACCCGUGGCAUCUUAUUAUUCAACUGUAACAAGAUUUAUUGAAGAAAAGUCAUCGUUUGAGUAUGGACAAGUGAAUCAUGCUCUGACUGCAGCGAUGAGGACCCUGAUGAAAGAGUACCUGAUCCUGGUCACUCAGUUGGAGCACCUCUUGCGCCAGGGCCUACUUUCUUUACAGAAACUCUGGUUCUACAUCCAACCUACAAUGAGAACCAUGGAGAUACUGGCCUCUAUAGCCUCUUCUGUGGACAAAGGAGAGUGCAUGGGUGGAUCAACAUUAACUCUGCUCCACGACAGGACAUUUAACUACACUGGGGACAGUCAGGCUCAAGAACUAUGUCUGUAUCUCACCAAAGCAGCCAGUGUCCCAUACUUUGAGAUACUAGAGAAGUGGAUUUACAGGGGCAUUAUCAACGAUCCAUACAGUGAAUUUAUGGUUGAAGAGCAUGAACUGCAGAAAGAAAAAAUCCAAGAAGACUACAAUGACAAAUACUGGGAUCAGAGAUACACAAUUGUACAGCAUCGAAUACCUUCAUAUUUACAGAAAAUGGCAGACAAAAUAUUAAGUACAGGAAAGUACCUCAAUGUUGUGCGAGAGUGUGGGCGUGAUGUGACCUGUCCGGAUGCAAAGGAGGUUUUGUAUACCCUCAAAGAGAGGGCCUAUGUAGAGCAGAUAGAGAAGGCCUUUAACUAUGCCAGCAAGGUACUCCUAGACUUCUUGAUGGAAGAAAAGGAGCUGGUAUCACGCCUUAGGUCAAUCAAGCACUACUUCUUAAUGGAUAAAGGGGACUUCUUUGUGCACUUUAUGGACCUCACAGAGGAGGAGCUAAAGAAACCUGUGGACGACAUUGUUCCUCCGAGACUUGAGGCUCUUCUGGAGUUGGCUUUGAGGAUGAGCACUGCGAACACAGACCCGUUCAAAGAUGAUCUGAAGAUCGACUUAAUGCCGAAUGACGUCAUCACGCAGCUCCUGAGAGUGCUGGCCAUCGAGACGAAGCAGGAGAAAGCCAUUAACAAUGCAGAGCAAACGGAUACAACACUAAGUGGACUGGAGGCUUUCUCAUUCGAUUAUAUUGUGAAAUGGCCGCUCUCACUCAUCAUUAACAGGAAAGCCUUGACCAGAUACCAGAUGCUGUUUCGACAUAUGUUUUACUGUAAACACGUGGAGAGGGUGCUUUGUAAUGUUUGGAUCUGCAACAAAGACUUCAAGCAGUAUUCCCUUCAUUGUGGUAAAUGGUUUGCUGCGUCGUUUGCCCUCCGUCAGCGAAUGCUAAACUUUGUGCAGAACAUACAGUACUACAUGAUGUUUGAGGUGAUGGAGCCAACGUGGCACGUGAUGGAGAAGAAUCUCAAAACGGUGUCAAACAUUGAUGACGUUCUUCACCAUCACACCAGCUUCUUGGACAACUGCCUGAAGGACUGCAUGUUGACCAACCCAGAGCUCCUGCGAAUCUUUUCUAAACUCAUGUCUGUCUGUGUCAUGUUCACAAACUGUAUGCAGAGAUUCACUCAAAGCAAAAGGAUGGAGCGCAUCUCCUUGGAGCAAGGGUCUAUUGACGGUGCAGCCUCCCAGGGAGAACAUACUGAUGAUGAAAAGAAAAAGCUCACAACCAAGUUUUUAGCAGAACACGCCGACACCUUCCAGUCUGAUGCAAGUUUUGAGGCAACAAUAAAUAAGUUUGACAAUAACUUCAGCCUGUUACUGCUCGAUCUAUUGGACAAACUUAGCAUCUACAGCACCAAUGACUGCGAACACAGCAUGAUCAGCAUAAUUUACAGACUUGAUUUCAAUGGAUUCUACACUGAACGGUUGGAAAGGAUGGCUGUGGAGCGCAGUCAAAAGGCAGCAGCAUAGCAUGUUGAAAAUCCUCUUGUGUGUUUCAUCAAUUUACCGUCUUAAUAACCACAAUAUGUUACGUCAAAAAAAGACAUGGUAAUGAAUUGUGUAAAAUAUGUAGACUAUAUUGUAUGUUUGAAAAGAUUUUGUGAACACAUUUUAAAGUUGAUUUGCUAUGUUGACUCUGUUCUCUUGCUCUUUAUGGGUAAAUUAUUGUACAGAGGAUUACGUAAGUUUGUAUGGCGUUUCAUUAAAAGACUGAAUCUG